GAUUGGCUAAACACUUGAACAGGUGCUAUGCGUCAUCCGCCAUAACGUAGUUCUUGUAAAUUGUGAAAGUGCGCUUUGUUUGCUAAAAAAAAUAGUGAAUUCAGUGUGUAUUUGUUGUUAAAGGUGUAUCAAAUGUGUAAUUCAUCAUGACUGAAUGGUAUAGGAUGAGAAACGGAUUCAACAACAAGCAUAAUUCGUCGGAAUUAUCGGUUGAAAGUUCAUGUGAAAUGUCAGACUCUUAUAAUAUGUUUUCGGACAAUUUGAGUCCAAUACCGGCUUCUAUUAUGCCAAGGAAGCUGGAUUUCAGCAGUUUGGAUGACGAUGAUGGCAUCAGGGAUGCGUCGCCGGCCCCACCGUCGUUUAGUCCUCCGUACAAAAGAGUCAGAGCCCUAAGGUUGUUCGACAGCCCCCACACUCCGAAGUCGUUGCUGGAGAAGUGUUCGACGCCCUCCCACCACCCGCCCCGGUCGAGGCUGUUUCCGCCCAAAUUGAACGCGCCGACGGGCAUGCCGUCAGGAUCCAGUCAUCACCUCCACCCGCCGUCUGGGGACGAAGACAGCGCGUUGGGCAGUCUACCACCUGACGACAUGGAUGACUCGAGACCGCGGCCCGCCGCCAACAUCAACCCAUUCACGCCUGAUGGUCAAGCGUUGAAUAAAAAGAAACGGGCGUUGUCGAAAACACCGACGUGGGAUGCAACGCCCGAGCAACCUGCCAAAAGACUCAGGGAGUCAAACAUAUCCCGGUACAACGUGGAGUUCAUAGAGCUGGGCGUGAUAGGUCGCGGGCAGUUCGGACGCGUUACAAAAUGCGUGAACAAAUUGGACGGAUGCGUGUACGCGCUCAAACGGUCGUUAAGGCCUGUAGCGGGGUCGGCGGCUGAAAGGGCAGCGCUGACAGAGGUUUACGCACACGCCGCCUUAGAGAAGCACCCGCAUGUCGUCAGAUAUUACUCAGCGUGGGCGGAAGACGACCAUAUGAUAAUCCAGAACGAGUACUGCGACGGUGGCUCCCUCCAACAGAAGAUGGAAGCCGGACCUUUGGCGGAAAGCGAAUUGCUGUUACUACUAGCGCACAUAGCUGACGGAUUAGCCUACAUCCACUCCCGAGCGCUGGUCCACAUGGACGUGAAGCCGGGCAACAUCUUCCUGUGCAGCGCCGACGUGGCGCCGGCCGACAGCGACGACGGCUACGACGACGACGAGCCGCGCCCCGACCACCUCUACAAGAUCGGUGACGCCGACGUGGCGCCGGCCGACAGCGACGACGGCUACGACGACGACGAGCCGCGCCCCGACCACCUCUACAAGAUCGGUGAGUGUAGACUGGAGGGGAGCGGCGAGCGUCUGUAG